AUGAAAAGUAUGGUUGUAAACGGUUUUGUUAAUGUUGUCAUAACGACAAUCGAAAGAAGGUUCGGACUUAGAUCAUCCGAAACAGGUUUAGUCGCUGGCGGUUACGACAUUGCUUCCUUUUUAUGUUUGGUUCCUGUGACGUAUUACGGAGGAAGAGUCGAUGCGAGUAAACCAAGAUGGAUAGGAUAUGGGAUUAUAGUUAUUGCAUUAGGUUCGUUUUUAUUUGCUCUUCCACAUUUUACCGUUUCCGCUUACAGGGGAGUACAACAGGAUUUAAACGUUUGUUUCGAUAAUUCAUCAUCAUCAUCAUCAUCAUCGUCGUCGAAUUUUUGCCUUACGGAUGCUGGAGGAAGUUCAGAAUACGUAUCAAUGAAUCUUUGGCUCUUUGUUCUCAGUCAAUUGCUCACUGGAGCUGGAGCGGCUCCUUUAUAUACUUUAGGAGUUACUUAUUUAGACGAAAACGUAACUAAAAAAAUGUCUUCCGUAUAUUUAGGGAUUUAUUAUACGUUGAGCCUUAUCGGACCCGCUGUCGGAUACCUUUUGGGGGGCGAAUUGCUCAAAAUUUACACGGAUUUUUUAACAAACGAUCCGAACGAAUUCGGUUUAACUCAAAAUAGCAACGUUUGGGUCGGUGCCUGGUGGAUCGGAUUCAUAUUUACCGGAAUUAUAUGUUUAUUGAUUGCAAUUCCAGUUUUAUCAUUUCCUCCAGCUCUUCCAGGUAGCGUGAUAACGGUGCCUGCCGGAGGAGGCGGAACUUUUUUCGGUGGUUAUUUAGUUAAAAAAUUAAAUCUCAAAUGUGCUGGAAUAAUAAAAUUAUGCAUAUUCAGCACCGUAGUCAGCAUGAUUUUCAUUACGUGUUUUUUUCUCACGUGUCCCAAUUUAAAAUUUGCGGGACUUAAUAUUCCCUACAGCGACAGCGUUUCGAUUUCGCUGACGUCAGAAUGUAAUUCAGGUUGUGGUUGUAGUUUGUACGAAUACGAUCCCAUUUGUGGUAUCGACGACAUUACAUAUUUUUCACCCUGUCACGCCGGUUGUAAAAAAGAAUUCCUGUUGGAAGAAUACAAAGCUUAUUCGGAAUGUUCGUGUAUUACAAAACCGUCGAAUUCGGGUUUGGUGUCGGACAUGUUUAAAAAUCCUUCAGGAAACGUAAAUUUAACGAAUAACGAUAACGAAACGUGGAUGGGUUACGAAGCGAAAAAUCUCACGUGCAAAACUCCUUGCGGAUUCUUGUGGUAUUUCGUCGUGCUCGCUUUUUUCGUUAUGGUUUUCACUUUUUUAGCAACGAUGCCUGCUCUAUCUGCAACUUUAAGGUGCGUACAAGACGAACAAAGGUCUUUUGCACUCGGCAUACAAUGGAUAGUGGUCAGAAUCUUCGGCACGAUACCGUCGCCCAUGAUUUUCGGUUUCAUCAUUGACAAAACUUGCAUUCUUUGGGAGUCGGAUUGUCACGGACAAGGUUCUUGCUUAGCUUACGAUAAUAAUUACAUGAGCAGGUACAUGUUCGGAAUCGCAGUUAUUGGUAAAGCUUGCUCUCUGUUUUUCUUUUUUUGCUCUUGGUGGUUUUAUGUUCCUCCUUCAGACGUUAAAAUGUUGCCUACGGAACAAAAAACGGAAUACAAUGUUAAAAGAGGAGAAAUAAGUAAUGGUAUUAAUGGAGGAACCGUUAACAUUCAUUUUGAAAAUCAAUAA